AUGGAAAUACAACCAUUGGUAGAGGAUCAAUCCGUUACAUCGGCGAGUUGUGGUCGAUUUUUUGAGAACCAUCCCGAUACAACCUAUGUAGUGGAAUCUAAGGGAAACAAAUUACACUUUUUUAGAUAUAUUCCCGAGGAAGAUACAUUUGAUAAUGUCAUGAUUCCAUUUGAUGGAAUUAAGAGAAUUAUGAAACUGGUAGUCAUUGAGCUUGAAAAAAUUUCAUUUAAUUUCUUGUUAGUGAUUGACAAUGAUUUAAUGUGGUAUCUUGUUAAAGUUGAAAAUCAAGAAGGGAUUUCCAUUUUGCAUGAGGGAAAUCUUUCUCUUGCUAGUUACAUUUCCGAUAAAGUAGAUGCUAGAGAGGUUGAAAAGAAAAUUGAAGAGGCUACUAGUUGUCUCAGUGAGGAAAUGGUAGAAAUUGUUGCAUUACUGCAAGAAUUUGUUGGAGAGCAUGACGACUCUAAUUAUUCAUUACCGGCAGUACCUCAUACAUUUCUUGGAACAUUUGUUUUAGAAUUGACGUGCUCUUUGGGUAAAACAGCAUCUUCACGAGUAUUUAGUGCUGAAGCUUUUCUAAAGGCAUCUAAUGGACCGUUCUCUGUCUUUAAUAUUCAUCCAACUUCUACUUGCUUGUUCUCAGACAAUUUUGGCGUGUUAUGCAUGAGUAGUUAUGGAUUUUCAUAUUACAGUAGAAAUGGAUUACUGAUCGAUUGUCCAAUUGAUAUGGCAAAUGUAAACAGUUUAGUUUGUCCAUGUCAUGUUACAAUGUUGGACGAAAGAAAGAGAAAGUGUGGAUCUUGUAAUUAUGAAACCUCAAGAACUCUCUGUUGCCUUUAUAGCGAUGGAAGUGUUUUUGUUGUUUUUCUCACGUUGAAGCAUGCACUGGCAGCAGAAGUGAAAACAGCUGAGAUUACUUACAAAAGGGCUCUUAUUCCAAAACUGCAAGUGGGUGAAUUACUUGCAUUUCAUUACGACCAAAACCUGUACAAAAUAUUUAUUAGCUCUCCUUAUGAAAACACUCAAACGAAAUGGUUAGAGUUGUCAAUAUUGAAUCAAAAUAAUAUAACUAUUCAAGUAAGAAAUUAUUACGAAAGCGUUGGCAGCAACAUCGACGAGGAGCAAUUACCGUGUUUGGGAACAAUUACUCAUAGCCUUUUUCAAACUUUUAAUGGUUCAAGAGACUCAAGAUUGGCUUGCACUUCAUUCUCUGGAUCUCAUAACCAAUACAGUCAAUAUGUCAGAGGUGCUGCUCGGUUUAGCGUUUGUCAAAUGGGAAGUAGAUUAAUUCCAUUUAUGCCUUUAACAGAAGGAUCUAUUAUUGAGGGUUCUCCUGAAAUUCUUGUUCUUCCCUUGAAGGAAUAUUCGAUUUUGUGCUUUUCCUAUGAUAACUGUACUACAUUUUUCUCUACCAAAGACAUGGCUUCAAUAUCGUUCAGUGCAAUGAACGGGUCAAAAAAGUUGCUAGCAUUAAGGGAGUUUAAGAGAAAUCCGGUCUCUCUUUUUUUCGUUGCUGUUUGGGAGGAUGAGAUUGCUCUCUAUGACAUUCAGUUUAACACCCAACAUGUUAAUGUAUUAUUUAAGCGUCGUAAUGAUGGAGAAAAAUAUUUAUUUGCAGAUAUUGAGCCACAUGGAAGGAUAUUUGUUGCAAGAAGAACCGAAAUCACAAUGCUCGAAAUUAAGACCAAGCCACUGUCUGUGAUUGAAAUCUCAGCAAAUGCGUUGGAGAACCAAAUUUCAACAAUGUCCUGCUUUAUUCACGAUGGAAAGACCUACCUGAUCAUUGCUUUUUGGAUUGUAAAUUCUGUAUAUAUUGUAGAGGUUGACUCUUGGACCAUCAUUAUGGAAAAGACAUAUCAUGACAAUAUUAGAUCGUGUGUAGGUAUAUCGAAUUCCAUAAUGUCGUGCAUCAUAUUGGGACUUUCUGAUGGCACUUGUGUAGUUGAUCCAAUAUUUAAAUCGCAACUCGAGGAGCACCAUUUCAAAGUUGGAGAGAGUUCAGUAAAACUGAGGAAGAUUACGUCACCAAAUUCGGAAGAUAUUGUUUAUUGUAUGAGCAAUCGAGAUAUGAUGCUUAUACAAGACAGAAAAAACAUUACAAUUGAUAAGCGCAGAGUGCUUAAAACUAUUUUCGUUUCCGAGAGUGAAAAAAAGCGGUUUGCUGGCCGAAGCAUUGAUAUUACAAAUGUUGUGACUUCUCAAUUUGGGAAUUGUGCUGCUUUAUUAAUGGAACAACCAGAAGGAGGGGCUAUUCAAUUUUGUGAAAUCUCAGCAGACAAAAAGCUGAGGUGGAGAUCAAUGAAUUUGGAAAAUCCCUCCCAAGAAUCAAAUAGCAUUAUUGAGCCUUUGAAAAGCAUUUAUUUAGAUAGAUCAAGCUCCUUUGUGGUUACUGGCUCAGAAAGAUCUUUUGUGGACGAGACAUUGAAUGCUCUCUUGUUCAAGUGUGUGUUAGAUGAUGACACUGAAAAUCAAUUUUAUCAAGAGAAGUGUGUAGAAAUUGGCAAAUUUAUGCCUGAGAAAUGGGUUGUGUCUGAUAAGAACAUGUCAACUAGCCACUCCAUACUUGAUAUAUGCUCAGUAUAUUUUGAGGGAGAAGAGUACAUACUUCUCAUUUGCUUAACCACAUUUACACAUUCUCGCUCGGUUGAAGAGGAUUCUGGAGCAGUUGCACUGUCUGUUGCUUGGUUGUGUGUGAUGUCUUCCCAUUUAACACGACUGAAAGCUACAAUCAUUGGAGAGCAUCCAGUUCCAUUCCAUGAUGAAUCGAUAUUUGCACGGAUAACCCCAUUGGAUGAUAAUGGACAAUUUUGUUUCUUAUACAACAAUAUGAUACAUGUAGCAAAACUUGAAAAGAAGGGAGAAAAGAUGAAAUUUAAAUUCGUGGAUCGAUAUGAACUUUUAGAUUAUUCAAAAGAAAGCAAUCUUACCUAUCCUGUUUACUCCAAGUACUUUAAUAGAGCUAGUCCAAUAUUUAGAUCGAUGCAUUUCGUUGUGAAUUCGAUGGACGUUGUUACUGACGGUUCGGACAUGUAUUUUACUCUUUGCUCUUUGAACAGUGGCAUACGAUUGUUAAGACUUGGGAAAGAUGGCAGAAAAUUGGAAGAGUUAUUGCUCAUAGAUCGUACCAAUACGAACAUGUUGCCAUUGUCCUGUGCAUUCAUUCCAUCACGAAACAAUCAAGCGCACACAAUGAUCAUUGCUGACUAUGUUGAUAGUGAUUUGAAAGUACUUUCUCUGUCUCCCCAAGAGCGAAAGAGCCAACGAAAACUUGCCAAUGAAUACAAACUUAAAGAGGAAGACAAGCAAAUUUGCUCUCACUGGAAUCAAUUUGAGAAUAACAAUCUCUAUUACUACAUUGACAUAUUGAACAAGGAAGUGAAGGGAAUUCACAUGGAUCUCAGCAAAACACAUGUUCACUCAUCUCAUGCUUCUGUGGAGACACACCAACUAGUUGAAGCUGAAAAAGGCACACAAUACGAAAUGCUCGUCCAAACCUGUUGUAAAUUAUUCAGUGGUUCUGUAAAGAACAUUGUAAGAGGUCAAUUUGAAGAAGCAAACCUUAGUUUCACGACCUCAAACUCAUGCAACAACACAAGGAAUCAUUUUCUGUACGUCACUACCGAAGGAGAAAUAGGAAUACUGUAUACCCACACCAACACGACCAUGGAAUAG